CGGUCAAAUUAGCUCCGCUGGAGCUUGACUUGUCAGCAGGUUAGUGGAACAUACACCGUUUCCCGCGUCUUCAAACCUCUUUGCGGGCCAUUCCCCAGAAGCUUUGCUUCAUAGACACAUCAGAUUCCACGCUGCAAGCUAGUCAUACGUACAGGCCAGUGAGAUAGCGACACGUGUGGGAUAAAGGGCAGACCUCGAAUCUCCUAUAUCAACGAACAAGCUUCAUUUAGAUCAGCCCGUUCAGCCUUGGGUAUAACCACGGUCAAAUCGCAUUAAUAGCGUCUAUGGGCGAUCGUUGGAUGUUCUCUAACCUGCCGCAGACGACAUAUAAGCAGCGGUUUGAAUCUCAUGCGGACGAACCGGAGGCCGCCGCAAACAAGUUCAGAAAGAUAUUUAGCAGACAACGCCGUCACGAAUAGCGAGACCUCGCUUUGCUUGACCGGACACGGGAUAAUGUCGACGAAAAAAAAAAGGUUGGCAAGGUCCGGUUGUGAGUCGACAGCCCAUGCAGAGGUUGAGGCAAAACACUACGAUGCUACUCGAGAAACAAAACGACGCUCAAGAGCGAUGUCAGGAUGCACGGCUGUCUAUGCUCGCUUUGCGGACUGGCAUGGAAGAAUGAAGCACCGAAAUUCCAUCCUGCCUUUUUAGCUUGCGCCGGAAUGCGAGUAUGCACUGGAAUCCCCAUCCGGUGCGGGGCAGCGGUCCGCCACGUGACCACGCUAGGCCGAUUAGGGAGGUCUUUGGGUUCGGCCCUCCCCUCCCGUGCGAACGUCAACGAACCUUCAAUAUCCAAGUAUUUUGGCCACAUCCAAGACCGCACCAUUCCUUCCCCUUCUCGGCUGCUGCCAGGGAGCCAUCUGCGAGAUCGUGUCUGUCUUGUUCCAUUUCGCGGGCGCUUUGGUCAUCGUGGAAGAAAGCUGGUCCAAUGAUGAUCGACGCACUGAUGCGUUGGCGGCUAUUGCAGCACGGGCACGGCGGGCGAACGAAUCAAGAGCAAGGAAAAAAGUCAUUUCAUUCGUUAUCACGGUACCGACGAAGAAUUAAUACAAAUGAGCGAAUCGCCAACUGGCGAUUUGGAUCAAUUCCGGCUCCUUUCCCUCCACAAAUUGCCCGGCAACCGCUCGAAGCUCACCAAACCGACGUUUGAGAUAAGACAAGGUAGAACACGAAGCACUCGCCUUCGGAACACCCUUUCAACAGCGUCAACAUUCCGAUCGCCCCUCCGCAACGCAUUUCAUUGGUGCGGACUCUAGGCGUAGUUGUAAUCCGGCGCUCUUUGACUGGUGAUGUUCGUUCGUCGCCGGUGAAUCUCCGAAUAGAUGUUCUGGAUCUCGUCGUCAAGCGACGCAACGUUCGCAUACGCCUUUUCGACAGACGCCGGGUUCUUCCCCUCGCUCUGCCAGCGCUUGAUUCUCUCACACUCCGCCUCUCGCUUACGGAGCUUUGUGUGGUACUUCUCGCACAGCCUGCAUUUGUUUGGCUGGUGAUACGUCUCGAGCACAAGCUUCAUACCGCAGGUUUCACCCAUGCGAUAUUCCUUGUUGCAGUGCUGCUUGAAGUUACCCCAUUUCCAGUCGCCGCACUCAAACUUGUACAUUUCGUAGAAGCACAUUUUUAGAAAAGAGCUUGGAUCGGUUCCUGCAGUACCUGCAUUAGCCCUGGUCAAAUUUUCCGACAGGCUGGGACAUUCACACCUCGAGGACCUUGAUGCUUUGGAGAUCUUUUGAUCUUAUUGGCUAGCCUUGUCGACCUUGGUCAAACGUUCAGCCUCCUCCACUGAAGCGCCAGGCUGGAACGGUGUUCUCACCAAUAGAUAUCGCAACUAUCCCUCAAACAGAGAUGGUCUUAGCUGCUCUGGACGGGUGAUGGUGAAGGAGCUGUGUCAGAGGCUUCGGGUUUCAAACAAGAUUGGAUUGGAAGAGGGAAGAGGAGUUCUUCUUCGAGCUCGUUGUCUGUCUGAGGAUUCCUCCAGAGAGAGCCCUCCUAUUUAUGCUCCAGCAAGGUGGUCAAUGCCACUGCGACGACUGUAGUCCUUCAGCCAUGGCACGAGCCCUCUCAUCGUCUCAUCGCCUCGACAAUGCCGGCUUAUCGAAACCCCACUUUCUCAUCAUCCAACGAGGAUGCCACGAUCGCUCGGCCUGCUUCGUUGUUGACCGCCAGACCGCCCUAGACACAUGGUGCUACGACCCUAGGCCCUGUCUGGCGCUGUCCGUGUGCAGGAAGAUAUCACAGCUCGCGAAGAUCAACUACUUCCGGCCCGGCCGCUCCAAUUAUUGUACGACAAGACAUCGAAAAUGCCUCAAGGUCAUGGGCAGUUUGUCGCAUGGUUGUGUCAAGGACAUCUUCCUGCGCAUGUUGUAGAAACGCCAGCUUCACGGACCCUGAAGUUUGUACAAAUUGAGGUUUCCAGAUGCCGUCACGUGCGGGAUAUCAAUGGCCAUCCAAUGACACGAGGCAACCUCGCGUCCCGCCUUGCAGCCACUACUUGGAGAAGUCCUCAGAAGUUACCAGUGCUUUCGACAGCGUUGGCGGGUAUUGUCCACGUUUGUUCGGCUUGCUACCGAUACCGAGAAUAGUAAGGGCCUGUUACCUAUCACUUCACCGUUCUUCCGAAUGAGGCACGUCAGGUUGUACGGCCUUAGUUCUUCAGCCUGUGUUUGCAGCUCUCAACUUUACGGGAACAACCAUCGACAUGGAGCAGCAUUCCUAACCCCCGCAGCAAAUCCGUGUUCGCUUAGGGUUUUUGUUUCAGCUCACGUUUAGGUCUCCCCCACCAUUGUUCUCUUGCGAGACGUAUAGACGAUCCAUCUGCUGCCCUAUGCUUUCUGGAAUCAAUUCGCCUUACGUUACACCUGGACGUUUUCCCCGGUAUUCGAUCAGCUUAUCUUUAGCCGAUGCACCCAUGGGCUCCACCGUCGAAGGCCAUGUGUUGAACAGUGCUGAUCAUGGUGGUGAACUAAUGCAGCACAUCGGUUCAUUGGUAAAUCAUGGCCAGUCAGAAGAUGUCCCAUGCCCUCUACUUUGGCGAAUGUGCCGUGAAAUAUGGAAAUGAGUGGUCAAUCGUUCUGUUUAUGCACUCUCCCAUGCACAGCCAUUGCAUAUUCUGGUCCCAGAAGUUCUGGGUGGGACUUCCCUUCCGUCCACGCAUGACGGCUUGAUCAUUCGGGUGUCUUAGUACGCUAAGUGAGGCCGAAGAAGAGUCCAUCGAAGAUCAGGCUACGUGGCGAGCUGCCUUUGGUUGAACAUAUGAAUGGCUAACGCCGUUCCAGCAUCAUUUUAAUGCGCAGACUGACAAUUUGCUAGGGAUUAUCUCCAUUUUCGCUGCAUACUAGGUUGUGUGUUUAUCCUUGCCCAGCGGCCUCGCCGUACAUUCUUGUGUCGCAAAACAGCAGAUUUUGCACGUCAGAAGACUCUCCCUGGUCCCUUUGACCGGUCAAAGACUGUCUUGCCUGCAAAUUGAAUGGCGGAGACUCGCUGUUCGCACUACGAUGACCAAAGUGGUGGCGAAAUGAUGCAAAUCCCUUAUCACUCCACCACGCCUUGUCACUUGGAACACUUCUCCAAGCACGACUCAGCAGGGUCUGUUGGGACCAAUUGCGCAACUCAUCCGCCAGAACCUGCCACAAAAACGUUCACAAAGGUGACCGUUGUGUAUCCGAGUUUGGAGGUUGGGCACCGCAGUUGCUGACGUUGAAGCGAGUCAAGACGCCACUUCCCAGCUGUGCAUCUCUUGCCUUGCCCACAGGGGUCUAGACAUUAUAUAGUAAAUAAACACAAUCACAAGAGCCAAUGAUCAGAUCAAA